UGGUUCUUUGACCCGCCCGGAUAUGUGGACCAUUUGGGAUCCACUUUCUUAACUUGAGAUUUUAUGAAUCAGUGGACAUCUGGAGAGGAUUUGUGUUUUUUGAACCUGGUCAACAAAGAAUUCAAGACAAAGAAGACGAAGGAGCUAGAGAAGCUGAUAUGGGGAUGCUGGGCGUUGUGGAACGAGCGCAAUCAACGAGUUUGGACGGGCAAAGCUUCACCGACGUGGCAGCAGGUUAACCGGGCUAGUGUGCUGGUGGAGGGCUGGAAGCAGGCGCAAGUGCGGGUCUUGCGGGGGAGGAGGCCGCAGGUCGCGCAACAGAGCAGGACAUUCUAGUGCAGACCAGCUCUCAGCUAUUGGAAAUUGAAUGUUGAUGCGGCAACCAGGGCGGACAAAUGCGGUCUAGGAAGGUGUCUCCGGGGUGACGAUGGACAAUUUCAUAGCUGGAGCAGCUAAGGUAUGGCCGGGAAGACUUUUACCAUUGGGUGCAGAGUUAGUCGGGAUUAGAGAAGCUCUGAGCUGGCUGAAAGAUUUUGGCGGGACCUCAAUCGAGGUAGAAUCCGAUGCAACGGGGGCGAUUUGUGAUAUUCUAAACGGCUCAAGUUGUUCAUUGGUGGGUUCGUUGAGAGAAGACAUAAGAGACUUGACGAAUUUUUUCUCCAAUAUUUCAUUUUGUCAUGUUAAGCGGUCAGCGAAUAAGCCUGCACAUUUGUUAGCUAGAGCGGUUUGUUCUUUGUCUGAUUCGCAGUCUUGGCUUCAUUUCCCUCCUUUUAUUGUUUCGGCUUUAGCCAACAAUUUGAUUAAUGAUAAUUAAGCUCAUUUCUUUCAAAAAAAAAACUGAAUCGUAGAAUAAGGGAUUAAAAGCCCUUCAUCGACUCUUCCC